CGCAGCUGAAAGACAGGAGGUAUUGGGGGGGACGCAUGUGACGUACAAAUGGAGUGGGUGCGUCACGCGGUGGAAGCGCGGAGUGUACUAGCGUGCAUUGCCUGGUAAGACUUAGACUGAUGCCACAGCCACGUAGCGAAAUCAAAAUAUCAAUACCAGCGUUCUUUUGUGAACGCCUGCGGAAUGGCAAAAGAUAUCCGGCAUCAGCACCAAAAUCAUGAAGCCCGAGGCCCCCGCCACGCUGGGCGGCAUAAGAAAUGUCUACACGACCACGGCCACUGACCUGCGCAGCAGAAGACCAGCGCAGCGGAAGAGCGACAAACGCCGACAGAAAUAGAAUUACAUCAAGGGCAGCGGCACACGGUACUAUAAUCUUGUUCUCGUCUAGCGGUACUACUAGCGACCAUGGGGGCACUGCCUUCCAACUUCGACGAUGUGAACGAGCCGCGCGUUCUCGCCGUGUCCGGGCACCGGAUGGUGCAGCAGGUGGUAGACAGUACGUGCCAGGACGUGGAUCAGAUGCCGGGGUUGAACGACUGCGCGUGGGACGUCGACUGGCGCAAGUUGCUGUACCGGCUGAAGAGGCGGGAUUUACUGGAUGUGGCGCUUCACGCCCACGGCUUUCAGAACGACUUAACGUGGAACACGCUGCUCCACCGGGCCGUGGCGGAACCCAAGCAGCCCGAGGCGGACUGGUUCAUCGUGGGGGCGGGGAACGACAACGAGAAGCCCAUCGACGAGGACGAGUUGCUCGCGGAGCUCCGCUAUCCUGUGCAAAGGUAUCGUACUCGUAGUCACUGCAGUCAUGCAUUACAAAUCUUUUCCCUAAGGCAAAUCCGCAUUGCAAAUUUGAUUUCUCAAUCUGAGGAAAUUUGUAAUGCAUUUAUACGAGUGCGAUACUUCUGGUUCUGCAGUUCAUAUCCACGCCGAAACCGGGAAUCCGGACUACCAGCUGGAAAAGGAACUGCGCCCCAUCGCGAACAACAACGACCUGAUUGCCUGGCUGGUGCGGUCCAUUCUGUCGCACCGCGCCAACGUGAACAUCAUGAACCUGCGGGGCGACACGCCCGUGGUAACGGCGAUCCGCAACGGCCACAACUGCGAGGUGGUGAAACUGCUUCUGGACUACAAGGCGCACGUGCAGUAUCGCAAGCGCCCGCUCAUCGAAACCGAGCCGGACGAGGAACUACCUCCCGAAGAGGAAGAAACCGAUAACAACAAACCGCCGGACGACGCCGAGGACAAAGACCGGCGGAAGGUUCUAGACGACGAGCAGUACCUGUCGGCCCUGACGAUCGCGGUGAAGUGCCGCCGGUCACCGGAAACGCUGCUGACGAUUCUGAUGCAAAAGAAGGUGGACUGCAACGUGGUGGAUUGUGACGACAUAUCCUGUGCAAAAGUAUCGUACUCGUAUUGCAAUCAUGCAUAUACAAAUCUUUAACUUUAUCUUAAGGUAAAUCCGCAUUACAAAUUUUAUCUCUCAUGCUGAGGACAUCGACAUUUGUAAUGCUUUUAUACGAGUACGAUACUUUUGCAAUGCAUACGACAUCAAGCAGAAAUCGCUUCUGCACUACGCGGUCCGCCAGCGUGACAUCGCCUUGACGGCAAUUUUACCCUGUGCAAAAGUAUCGUAUUCGUAUAAAUGCAAGUCUUGCAUUACAAAUAUUUUUCUUAACGCAAAUCAGCAUGACAAAUUUCAUUUCUCAUGCUGAGGAAAUUUGUAAUGCAUUUAUACGAGUGCGAUACUUUUGCACUGCAUAAAUUUUGCUGCAGUCCAAGCGGACGGAACAGCUGGAUUGCAACAUCCCGGACUUCCUCGGGUGGACGCCGAUCUACGAAGCCAUCGACUUGAAGGACGAGGCCAUGGUGGAGCUGCUCGCGGACUCGCAGCUGCAGAUCCGGCAAUUCAACGAUUUGGGGCCAAAACUGUGGAAAACCGUGAGCGGGUGGCCGACGGCAGUGCGGAAGCCCACGAUCAAGGACCCGAAAACCGGACGGAAGGUGCUGCGCGACCCGACGUAUGCAUUGCAAAAGAAUCGCACUCGUAUAAAUGCAUUAAAGAUUAUUUCCUCAGCAUGAAAAAAAUUUGUAUAUGCGGACAUACUUCAAGUUUGUAAUGCAUGAUUGCAAUACGAGCGCGAUACUUUUGCACAGGAUACGACGCGGGUUAGGGUCGACGUGCUGGACAAGCAGGGGGUUUCGCCGCUGUGCCACGCCAUUUUGAAACGGUGGGUCGAGGGGGUCAAGUGCCUCUUGAAAUUUUGGCCCUCGAUCGCGUUCUCGACGGGGUUGCCGCUUCGCGUCGCGUGCCGGCUGACGGACGUGGUGACGCGGGGGGACAGGGCCCGCCUGGAGAUCGUGGACCAUCUGCGGAUGAUUGGGUCCGAGCUAUUCCCCUCCGUGGUCGAGCAGGGGCACAUAUGCAUCGCAAAUAUGUAGUCUGGGUCUGGAAAGUUGGAACUUGUCAUGCUAAAAAGUCUGGAUCCGUUGCAAAAAAUAUAUGUGUUGCGUGAUUUUUCCCCAGAAAAGUUGUCAGCGUUUGACGGAGUAGUUGGAGGGAGUUUCUCAUGUUCAUGUAGGAUAUAGGCAUGGUUGCACUAGAGAUCUUACACAAUCAAUCUGUCACGCUAGAAGGUCCUGCAUUCCAGAAUCCAGACCUCAUUGGUCAUGGAAAACCCGCGUGACAAGUUUUGCAAUAUUGUUCCAGACCCAGACAACAUAUUUGCAUUUGAUAGCACACCCUGGCGCACGACGCGGAGCUGAUGCGGCUGAUCCAGAAGCACGAGGAGGCCGAGAAGCUGAAGCGGCAGCGGGCCGGAAUGGAUCCGAAGGCUCUGGAGCGGCAGCAAAAGAAGAAACGCAAGGAACUGGGCCUCCGCGACGACGAGGAGCUCCCCGGCGAGAACGACAACUUUGAGGACCCGGUGUCCUACUACGUAUGCGAAGAAAAAAAAAUAUGUGAGUGUACUUAAAUCCGUGAUGCAAAACACACAACAUAGUUACCGCUGUCAUGCUGGCCAGCCAUCAACUCCUGUUUUCGUAUGUGUUUUCCUUUUCACGUACAGGCUGCGCAUGACAGGUUUUCUCUGUCAUGCAGUGACAGGCUUUCUCUGUCAUGCAGAGCAAAUUUAUCAUGCUGUCACUCGCCAAGACACCUACACUCACGCAGUUUUUUUCUUGGAUACUACGUGCGCAACUACUACAAUGACCCGGGCUCCGACGAAAAUUCCGCGGUGUAUGCCGCCAUGCAAAACGACGCCAAACUGCUGGAAGUUCUCUCCAAGUACCGACCGCCACCCGGCGUGGCCUCGCCGGACUACCCGAAUCGUGCGCCCACGUCGGACCAUCUGACGGCCGCGCUCUGCGUGCCCAACAUCAACCAAGAUAUGCGAAGAAGACAGUGUUUUACAGUUUUCACAUAGUGUGCUGUUCUUGCAGGAGACCAGGCAAGAAGAUAGAUACGUGAAAUAGAGGCCUGUCAUCUUGCUGGAUAGACUCGGGACGAGCCUGGUUUGUUCAUACGCGUUGAUAGUUGAUUUCCCUCACGAUGUCUGCAUUCUUGCGUGUUUUCUCUGUCAUGAAGACGAGGAGCACGUUCUUUGUGUUGCUGAGGUUAAUACGACAAGGGCAACAAGUGUGUAAAAACAGUUUUUUCUGGCCGCAAUAGAGGAGUGCGCGCGUAUCCUUGUGGAACACAAGGCGGAUCCGAACGGGCAAAUGUACGUGCACGACGCGAUCGCCGCUGCCAUCCUGGAAAACAUUCGCGGCAAGCCGAAGAGGGAGGCUUUUCUGAAGGGCCUGGGGAAGUACGAGCUGACGGACCGGCGGGAAUUCGAAGACACGAUCUUCGCGGUUACGCACUCCGACGCGGUCACGCUGCACACGACCCAGAUUGGGCUGGGGCGCGCAACCGAGGAAACCGAGGCGCGGUGGGAUCCCGCGGUCGCGACGGAGAUGAUCCGCAACCCGCGGUUCAAUUUGCACCAGCAAAAAACGGCCGCGAAUGUGCUGUCCGUUCCGAGCAGUCGCGGCCGUAACGCUUUGGCGCAGCAGCAGGAGAAGAGCCAGUUGGUGCGCGGGUUGCCGCCGCACGUGGAGAUGCCCCGGGAACCGCCGGCGAAAGAGCGGGAAACGAGUCCGUUGCUGAAAGCAGCAGAUCAGGAAGACAUCAUCAGCGAGGACUUUUUGCGCGACCAGGUGUCACAUCUGCGGGAGCGGCGAACGCCCGCCAUGAUUGCCUGUACCACGGGCAAGCCAGAUGUGUUGGCGCUGCUGGACGCCCGCGGAGCCGAUAUUGAGGCCAUGGAAUCAACCUCUGGUUGGUCCACGCACAUCUACGCCGCACGUGCAAACCACCUGCAGAAGGUGGCCCUUGCAAGUCUAAGAAAUGCCUGAUACUUCAACUUACUUUAUUUGUAUCUAUUACUUUGCUGUGAACCUGAACUUGAAGGGGUACGCUGGAGAAGCUCCUUCGCCAAAGAAUCUAGGUGGCGCGCAUCUUCGCGGAAUCGACCGUCUUCACACGAAGGUCUUGCCAGGGUGGGUGUUUUUGGGAGGUGCUGCAGCA